CUUUUUUUGAAAGUUUCUAACCGGAUGUGUGGAAUUGUUCUAGAAGGAAGAUCACAAACAUGAAGAUAUGCUAACCUGCUGUCCCAAACAUUGACGUUUUAUCAUCCAAGACACUUUCUUUCAUUCUCCACCCGACUUGUGGUCGACUCGGAAGACAGUUUGACGGCUCGACUAUCGAGUUUUGUCAUGUCGUCGCCAGUGGAGAUGACGGAGAUGUACGACCACGCUCUGCUGGGCAUCCUGCAGCACGCUGGGAACAUUCAAGACUUUCUCCAAAUCUACUUUGGAUUUUUGUACCGAAAGACGGACUUCUAUCGCCUUCUCUCCGGUCCCGGGGACAAGAUGGGCUUCCCGCCCGGUGUUGCCGAACAGAUGGUGGUCAAGACGUACAAACUGUUUGAAAAGAUGGCCGAUCACAACCGUGAGCUGCAGAAGAGGCAAGAGGAGACCAGAACCGUCCCUGCGGCUGUCCAGGAGCUGGAGGUCACCUCCGAGCCCCAGCAGGUGAGUCUGGAGGAGGCCACGGCAGCGGCCAGCACAGCCCCGGAUCCUGUUCCUGAGACUGAACCUCAACCCGCCGGUGUUGGAGCAGCUCGUCCACUGGCUCAGGCAGACCUGGCGGCGGCAUCAAACUCAGCAGAGUCAAAUCAGGAGACGCCGAAGCUGGAUUCGGACAGUUACAAUGGCGCCGUGAGGGAAAACUACAAGUGGUCCCAGGACUACACGGAUGUAGAGGUGCGCGUGUUCGUGCCCAAGUCGGUGGUCAAAGGUCGACAGGUGAGCGUCACAUUGCACAGCAACAGCGUGCGCGUGUGCACGAGGGCGGGGCCACAGGAGGAGACGCUGAUGGAGGGAGAGUUCACACAUAAGAUCAACACGGAAAACUCCCUGUGGAGCCUGGAACCUGGCAACUGCGUCGUCCUGUCACUCAGCAAAACCUCGGAGGUCUGGUGGAAAGCGGUCCUCAAAGGCGAGGAGGAGAUCGACGUGAACCAAAUCAACCGCGAGCGCUCCAUGGCGACCGUGGAUGAGGACGAGCACGCCGUCCUGGACCGCCUCACCUUCGACUACCACCAGAAGCUGCAGGGCAAGCCGCAGAGUCACGAAGUGAAAGUGCAUGAGAUGCUGAAGAAGGGCUGGGACGCCGAGGGCUCGCCGUUUCGAGGACAGCAGUUCGACCCCUCCAUGUUUGACAUCCCCCCAAGUGCGGUGCAGUUCUGAGGCCCCGCCCACCCGCAGGUCAUGACAACAAACUUGUGCUUUAAUGACAUGAUUGGGUGUGUGUGUGUGUGUGUGUGUGUGUGUGUGUGGGCGGGGUCAGCCGUGUCAGUAGCACAAUGACAUCGUAGUGUGACCUCACAGUGUCAGAUGCCAAUCAGUUUAACAAGCUUGUGGUGACUAUUCCUUGUCCGCCAAUCAACACACUGCACUGUAUCUAGCUCCGCCCCUUUCUCCCAGCAGCAGGGGGUGUCAACAAUCAGGUACAGGUCUGUUGUUUGGUACCACUUCCAGUCGGGGACAAUGGAAACACAAAAACGUGCACCGCUGGGCGUGUCAAGUGUUUUUUUAUUCUCAAAAGAAUGAAAAGUCACAUUUGUUCUAAAAUGAAAUAAAUCACUUGUCGGGCUUUA